UUUUGAAUUGUGAUGAUCACACCGGUAUUCCAAAAUGGCAGCGCCCAUGAGAAUUUUUCGUGCGUGUUUCUCAAGCUCUCGCAAACUUCAUACCGGACCGCUUAUCUCAGCAGUCAAUGCUCGAAAUUUCACUUCCGACGAUGCAUCUCCAGAGGAUAAAGGUGAAACGCAUUUUGGAUUCGAAAAUGUUUCUAAAGCAGAGAAAACUGAAAAAGUGCAUCAAGUGUUUUCCAGUGUUGCAGACAGCUAUGACACCAUGAAUGAUGCAAUGAGUCUUGGGAUUCACCGUUUAUGGAAGGAUUAUUUCAUCCAGGUCCUGAAACCAACCCCUGGAACUCAGUUAUUGGACGUUGCUGGUGGGACAGGUGACAUAGCCUUCCGAGUAAUAGACUACAUGAACAAUCUGAAGCAAGAUCCAGAGUUUACAGAGGAAUGGCCGGAAGAGAUAAGAUGGUCUGGGUUGGAGACGGGAGAAGAUGCGAUCCCCCAAGAUAGAGAUGAGGAGGGGGCGGGGCAUACAAGGGUUCCGGAACAUCAUGUGACUGUAUGUGAUAUCAAUGAGAAUAUGCUGAGAGUUGGGAAGAAGAAGGCUAAGCAGAGAGGCAUUCACAGUGGUAUAUCAUGGGUUUGUGGCAAUGCAGAAGAGCUCCCCAUCGCAGAUGACAGCAUAGAUGCAUACACGAUAGCGUUCGGUAUAAGGAAUGUCACAAAUAUCGACCAGGCACUGGAUGAGGCUUACAGAGUGCUUAAACCAGGGGGUAGAUUCCUUUGCCUAGAGUUUAGCGAGGUCCAGAAUUCAGUCUUAAGGAUGGCCUAUGACAGAUAUUCUUUUGAUGUGAUACCAGUCCUUGGAGAUGUCAUCGCUGGUGACUGGAAAUCAUACCAAUACUUAGUAGAGAGCAUUAGACAGUUUCCUAAACAGAAAGAGUUUUCCGCGAUGAUUGAGGAUGCCGGUUUCAGCCUCGUAAGACAUGAAAACCUUUCUCUUGGGAUUGCUGCAAUACACUCAGGAUUCAAAUUAUAGGAUACCAUCAGAAAUUCUGACAUUGGUUGAUUGGUAAAUGUAAGGGAUUGCAAAGACAUUCUAUCAUCUUCCUGAUGAUGGACGAGACUGAAUCGUUGGAUUUGAUCUUUGUAACUGUUAGUUCCUUCGUAAAUCCAAAGGAUUGUAAAGACAUUGUAUCAUCUUCCUGACUUUGUCACCUUUCAUGAUGGAUAAACUAGCCUGAAUUGUUGGAUUAAAUCUUUGAAUGCAUCAAAGACUGAAGAAGACUUUGUAUCCAUUUCUUGGUAAACCCAAGAGAUUGUAAAGACAUUUCAACAUCUUCCUGACAUGACUUCAUCAUGUUUCAUGAGUGAUGAACUAGCAUGAACUGCUCCUGGAAAACCUUUAAGAUCACAUUCAGUAUACGGUAGUACAGGAGCACAUGUAGACACACAACCUGAUAACUCGACUCUAGGGGAAUAUUUCCUUAAAGCGAGAGUUUUUUUUUCAGUGAAAGCAAGAGGGACUAGGUUUUUCAGUUGGGAAGUAAUUUGGGAGGUAUCUGAUAUAUUCAGAAUGACAACCGACAUUCAAAUGGCAGGAAGGAAGGAAUAAAUAUAUCAAAGAUAACAUGGAAUAAUAAUGAGAAGAAUAAUAUGGUGAUAAAAGACUCCCAUAUUUGUUGUCAUGAUAUUUUGCAGUUGAAAUCACUUUUCUUUCAAUCAUUUCUCUCCAAAGGUACUAAUCAAACCUAUCAUGAAGAGUAUCUUAAUAAUUGUUAAUUUUACAUUCACUGACAUCAUCAUCCAGAGACAUGGUGUCUUUGGAGAGUAUUUUCAUCUUAAGUAAUUUCAAAUGUUGAUCGAAUUGGAAAUUUGUCCUUGCCCAUUACAACUUGAAUGUAAUAUUCAAGACUUUUUAAAUGUACAAUCUGGUCCUUUGGGUUUAUGGGGGGGCAAGUGAAUUAUAUUUGAAAAAAAAUAUGUUUUUAAUGAGAAUUCUGUUGUAUUUUGAUUUAAAGUUUAUAUCAUCUUCACUGAUUGAAAACUUCUAGCUACUGAUUCUAUUUGAUUCCAUUUUGCCUCUGAUGAAGAUUCUGCUAGGAUCGAAAGCUUAGGUCCUUUUUGACUUUCUAUUUGAUAGUGAAAUAUCUAACAUUGUUUGAUCAAUACCUAAGAGCUCUUUGUAGUUGAUUUCUUUCCAAAGAGGAACCACUUUUUUAACCCCCCCCCCCCUCCCCUUCUCAACUGUUUUUCAAUCCAAUUUUUCUCUCUCUAUCCCCCUCCCUCUCUCUCUAUCAUGUCCCACCCUCUUGCUCUCUAUAUACCCCCCUUUCUUUCUUUUUUUCUUUCUUUAUUUCUUUCUUUCUCUUUCUUUCUUUCUUUCUCUCUCCGUCAGCCUUAUUAGUUAUUUAACUCUUGAACUAACAAAAGACGAAAGCAAAAUUCUCGUACAAUAAUUAUCAUGACCUUUAUUUUGUAUCAUCUUAAAGAAUUAGACUUAUGUUUCUGACUACGUAAAUAACAUGUACAUAUGUAGUGUGCAAGGUAUAUCUAGAUCUUAUUGAAAGAUGGAAGAGAGAAAGAGACAAAGUGAAAGAGAGAGGGGGGGGGGCAGAGGAAAGAAAACUAGUAGGAAUACUUGAUAAGUAGGAAUGUUCAGUAAAUGACACAAAAUAAUGCAUACUUAAAUUUAUUUUGAGUAAUCAAAUUUCCAGGUGCACGAGUUACUUAAAUUUUCAUUUUUUUAAUAAGACAAUAUUCUUAACUAAUUGAUUUCUAGAAAGUGAUAAAAGUAUUUUAAAGAUAAAUGCAGUACUAUUAAACACUCAUUUUGAUUUCCAUUUAAUACAGCAAUAGAAUCCAUUCACCUCUGCAGUAUUGUAUCACUAAAAUGAAAUCUCAUAAACAACUUGGCAAACAAAAUUUUAACGUGAAUUCACAAAUGUUUAGUUCAAUAAAAAUAAAUAUA